AUGGUCUCCGAAAGCCUCCUCAAUAAAAUAACUCUCAACGGCGGAGGACCAACCGACACAGCGAGAGUUACAACCCGAUACCCCUCGGUUACCCAACAAGCAGGACCCUGCGUAGAGAAUGCAGGUAUACGGCUGUCUCCCUCUCUCUCUCCCCCUCUGUCUCUCCUUCUGUCUCCCCUUCUGCCUCCCCCUCUGCCUCCCCCUCUGUCUCCCUCUCUCUCUCCCCCUCUGUCUCUCCUUCUGUCUCCCCUUCUGCCUCCCCCUCUGCCUCCCCCUCUGUCUCCCCCUCUGUCUCUCCUUCUGUCUCCCCUUCUGCCUCCCCCUCUGCCUCCCCCUCUGUCUCCCCCUCUGUCUCCCCUUCUGUCUCCCCCUCUGUCUCCCCUUCUGUCUCGCCCUCUGCUCUCCCCCUCUGCCUCCCCUCUGUCUCCCACUCUGUCUCUCCUUCUGUCUCCCACUCCUGCCUCCCCUUCUGUCUCCCACUCUGUCUCUCCUUCUGUCUCCCCCUCUGCCUCCCCCUCUGCCUCCCCCUUCUGCCUCCCCUCUGUCUCCCCCUCUGUCUCCCCUUCUGUCUCCCCCCUCUGUCUCCCCUUCUGUCUCCCCCUCUCUUCUGUCUCCCCUCUUGCCUCCCCUUCUGCCUCCCCCUCUGCCUCCCCCUCUGCCUCCCCUUCUGUCUCCCUUCUGUCUCCCACUCUGUCUCUCCUUCUGUCUCUCCUUCUGUCUCCCCCUCUGCCUCCCCUCUGUCUCCCCUUCUGUCUCCCCCUCUGCCUACCCUUCUGUCUCCCCUCCUGUCUCCCACUCUGUCUCUCCUUCUGUCUCUCCCUCUGCCUCCCACUCUGUCUCCCUUCUGUCUCCCCCUCUGCCUCCCCUUCUAUCUCCCCCUCUGCCUCCCCUUCUGUCUCCCCCUCUGCCUCCCCCUGUCUCCCUUCUGUCUCCCCCUUUGCCUCCCCCCUCUGCCUCCCCUUCUUCCUCCCUCUCUGUCUCCCCCUCUGCCUCCCCCUGUCUCUCCUUCUGUCUCCCCCUCUGCCUCCCCUUCUGUCUCCCCCUAUGUCUCCCCCUCUGUCUCCCUCUCUGUCUCACCUUCUGUCUCCCCCUCUGUCUCCCCCUCUGUCUCCCUCUCUGUCUCACCUUCUGUCUCCCCCUAUGUCUCCCCCUCUGUCUCACCUCUGUCUCUCCUUCUGUCUCUCCUUCUGUCUCCCCCUCUGUCUCCCCCUAAGUAAGUAA